AUGACUGAUAAUCCCCGCAAGUAUGAGUUCUCAUACAUACCUGGAUUCUUCACAGACUACAUGGAAUUAGGCAAGAGAGACCCGAACAAAAGGGUCUUGACCCAACCCAGGCUCGGCAUCCUGCCGCAAUCUUAUGAUACGGGUUCAUCCGGCGAUGAGAUCCUCUCUCAAUGGAAGCAGUUGGAGCGCCACCUAGAGUAUCUCAACCAGAAGAACUCCGGUGGUGAGUCUUACAAGGUGCUGUAUGUGAUCCGCCAUGGAUACAGCGUACACAACCUCGUCAGGAGCAAAGUUGGCAAAUACGAAUGGAACUCUAAUUUGGCACUAAAAGAAGGUGGGUCGGUAGAAGGCUUGGGCAGCCUGAGCUGGGUCGACGCAGAGCUAAUGAAGGACGGCGAAGCCGUUGCCCAAACGCUCGGCGAAACUUGGGCCAACUGGGUAAAGAAUGACGGAAUUCCACUGCCGAGCAAGCUGUAUACCAGCCCGCUCCGUCGCUGUCUGGAUACGACCAAGCUCGUGUACUCUGCAGUGCUAGAAGGAAACGGGAAAACAUUCCAACCCAUCAUCAAGGAAAGCCUCCGAGAAAGGCUAACGCAGCACACCUGCGAUAAAAGACACACUCGGACAUGGAUCGAAAAUAAUUAUGCCAAGCACGGGUAUCAGAUUGAGGUAGGUUUUGAGGAAGAGAAUACCCUCUGGGACGCAGCGGUGUCCAAGGAGAUGGACAACCCGGACCUCCAUGUUGCGCGGACAAGAAAAUUGCUCGAAGAACUAUGGGACAGCAGCGAGGGGGACCUCUUCAUCUCGCUCACGACCCAUUCCUACACCCUCGAUACGCUCUUCGAAGUCGUUGGGAUGGGUCGUGACGCCUUCCGUCUGGGGGAAGGGGCCAUGAUCGCGGUCUUGGUGAAACGGGCUCCGGCAGUGGAGAAGAAAGGGAAGGAAUCGGGACCGAAAUAA